CACAGUUCCUUGUCGAUCCCCACAUUUGAACAAUGGCCGAAAACCCAAGCGCCGUCCGCGGGACCCUUCCCGAGUGGCAGAUAAAUACUGACCUACGCCCUCCGAGCCGCUUUUCUUCUCCCAAAAGAUCUGCGCCCAACGUGAACUUCAUGCGACAACGCAAGGAUCACAAACACAACCUUCAAACCAUCCGCGAUCCAGCAGAGCUGAGGGCCCUUCUUGCACGUACAGAAGAUACGCUGAAGGACAGUGCCUUGAUAUCGGGUCUGUCGGAUAAGGGCGAGAAAUUGCGGCUCACUGCCGAGGCAAUAAAAGCUCGUCUGAAAGAGAUUGAUGCUACUAUGGAGCGUGGAGCGAACAACCAAUUGAGUAAUCCGCAGCGCAGCCCUCAAGGACAAGAUGCGGACGCUGAAGACGAAGAAAACGAUGUGGAACUAACCAACAUGGAGAACCAGAUGAGAAGGAUGAGCAUUCCAUCAGAUACUGGUGACAGAGAAAUACAUGAAUUAGAGGAGAAGAUGGGAGAACUACACGUGCGAAAUGCCGCGGAAGGUUCUCCAGCUAGAAAUGGAACACAGGGCCGACAUCAUCAAUCACCAUCAAAAGCUCACGCAAAGUCCCCAGGAGCGAACAGUAAAGUAAGAGCGCUGCCGCUUGAAGAAGUGGUCCAGUUGGAAGAUGAGCGACAGAAGCAGAUCGAGAGAGCGCGAAUUCAAGAGGCCAAAGAACGCCUCGCAAAAUCAUCUGCUGUUCGGUUUUCAACCAAACCAAUGCAUACAGAUGAGGACGACGAGGAGAGCGAGGACGAUGACUUUGACUUUAUUUGAUUGCCUCUUGACUAUACAAGUUUUGAAUUAGUACUGAAUGGUACGAUCAAUAUCGUGUACUUGUCGAAUGCACGCACAACCAUGUAGCCGCUUUCCGGAGAUGGGACUUGUCUUAUUUAUUCGAUCACCAUGAUUGACCAUUCACUACAAUUGAUAAUCGGAAUCAGCGGAUUUGAUGUCCAUACCCAGCUUAGAUUCUGAAGAGCAAUGAGGUAUCCAAAGUUGUUUGACAAAAG